UCAGCUGGUAGUUGCAAUUGUAAACAUCAGUCCUCGGAUAUUCAUCAACGUUUGAAGAAACGUUUAGACUUGUUUUUGUCAUGGGAACUCGUCUUGUACGAAAUGUCCCGAUUCGAUGUUGUUUUAAACGUUCCUACAGUUUUACUUCCUCUGAGGAAUUACCGACACAUGCUAAAGUAGUCAUUUGCGGUGGGGGAGUCCAAGGUGCUGCCCUAGGUUACUUUUUAGCCCAGCAUGGUUGGGGCAAAGACACGCUCAUUCUGGAUCAAGGAAAGAUUGGCCGGGCUACUCCCUGGCACAUGUCGGGGCUGAUUGGCAUCUUCAAGCCCACUUCAACAGAAACCAGAAUCACAGAAGAGAGCAUCAAACUAUAUGGGGAACUGGCUCAAAUGGGCUAUAAUACAGGAUUUAAGCAAUGUGGAUCUUUGUUGUUGGCCCGAACAAAAGAUCGCCUAACACAUUUCAGGAGAAUGAAAUCUCACGCAGUUUGUCGGAAGAUUGAGUGUUAUCUGCUCACGACAGAAGAAAUUUCCAAAAGAUAUCCUUACAUCAACACACAGGAUCUUCAAGGAGGCCUGUGGAUACCGAUUGAUGCUGUUGCCGACCCACACACCAUUUGUGAGAGCUUGGCCACUUUGGCAGCUGCCCAAGGUGUCCGCAUGUUUGAGCACAUCCAAGUCAAUCGAGUCUUGACGAGCCAAAACCGAGUAGCCGCCGUUGAAACAGAUCGUGGCACAAUCAAGUGCGAUUUCUUCGUCAAUUGUGCUGGUUUCUGGGCGCGUUCGCUCGGCAAAAAGACGCAACCACUAGUCAAGGUACCUGUCCAGGCAGUGGAACACUAUUACUUACACACGAAGCCCAUUAAAGACCUCGAUGCAAACAUGCCCGUCAUUCGUGAUCUCGACGGACACGUCUACUUUCGUGAAAAAGACGGUUGCAUUCUGGCAGGUGGAUUCGAGCCACUAGCGAAACCUGUCUUUGAGGACGGUGCUCUGCCCCUUUCGGUAGAAGAGAGUCAACUGGAAGUGGACUGGGAUCAUUUUGCGCCAAUGCUUGAACAAAUGGUCCAUCGAGUACCCUUUAUGCGAACAGCUGUUCUCGGCAAGCUGUGCAAUGGACCUGAAAGUUUUUCACCCGAUUGUAAAUGGGUUCUCGGCGAAACAUCGGAGGUGGACAAUUAUUUUGUCGCCACUGGGAUGAAAUCGCUGGGAAUAGCUUCAGCAGGAGGCGUUGCCAAACAUUUGUCCGAAUGGAUAGUAACAGGCAAACAGCCUUACCCUCUCAACGAAUUGAAUGUCCAGCGAUUCGUGCCAUUACACAACAAUCGGCAAUUUCUUUUGGAACGCAUGAAGGAGGUACCCGGCGUCCACUACCAAUUACCUUAUCCUUUCAGCGAAUUCCGCACUGGCCGACGUUUACGUGUGUCUCCCGUCUUCCCGCGUCUCAAAGCAGCUGGUGCCGUUUUUGGCCAAACGAUGGGCUACGAACGGCCAGCGUACUACGAACCCAAUCCGUAUCAGGAUUCCGACGUUGACGAUGAUCUGACUACCCAUCCAGCAGGAGGCAUUGGCCAAAAUGUUGAAGCUCCAUUUCGUGUCGCCUACACCAACUCGUUCAUGAAACCCCACUGGUUCGAAUGCGUCCGCAACGAGUAUCGCGCUUGUCGUGAAUCCGUCGCCAUCGCUGAUUAUUCUUCAUUUACCAAACUUGAUUUAACAUCAAAUAGCCUAGAGGUGGUUGAUUUUCUACAGUACGUGUGUUCGAACGAUGUGGACGUGCCAAUUGGGGCCAUUCUUCACACUGGAAUGCACAAUGAAAAUGGUGGAUAUGAAAGCGAUUGUUCUCUGGCACGGCUCUCUGAUAAUCACUAUAUGAUGAUUGCUCCCAUCAUCCAACAAACGCGGUGUCAAGCCUGGCUUCGACGCCAGCAACAGAAAUUUUUCGGCGGGACUAGCUCAAGCGUCAACGUUGCCGAUGUGACGUCACUGUACACUGCUCUCUGCGUCAUGGGCCCACUUUCGCGGGCCGUUCUGUCCGAAUUGACUGAGGCAGAUUUGAGUCCUAAAUCGUUUCCUUUCUUCACCGUCAAAGAAAUGGAUAUGGGUUCAGCAUCGGGUAUCCGCGCUAUGAAUUUGACGCAUACGGGUGAAAUGGGCUGGGUCCUAUACAUACCCAACGAGGCAGCUCUUCAUGUUUAUGACAAAAUUUUGGAACACGGUCGCAAAUACGCUAUUCAGCACGCAGGAUACUAUGCCACCCGCAGCCUUCGAGUGGAACGCUUUUACGCCUAUUGGGGCCAAGAUAUCGAUGCAUCGACGACGCCGCUCGAGUGCGGACGCGGUUUCCGCGUCAAACUCAACAGCGACAUUGACUUUAUUGGUAGAGAGGCCUUGCUGAAACAGAAAAAAGAAGGUGUUCAAAGAAUGUACGUCCAGUUCCAGUUGGACGACCACGAUCCAGAGAUUGAUCCAUGGCCGUGGGGUGGCGAACCCAUUUACCGUAAUGGAGAAUUCGCCGGUAUGGUAACCACGGCCGGAUUCGGUUUUACACUUAAUCGACAGGUCUGCCUGGGAUAUAUUCAGAACUAUGAUGUAACGGGCACCGUACACCGUUUAACUCCCGAUUACGUGACCAGUGGACAAUACGAAGUGGACAUUGCUGGAUUGCGUUAUAACGCCCGAGUCUCUUUGCGCUCUCCUACGUUGCCAACGAAAUUCCGCGAGACGUAUGGCGAUCACUAUGUCGCAACGCGCCAUGGUGGUGGAACUUAAAUAGUCAACGUUGUGUAAUCUCAUUCGAGGUCGAAGUCGCUUUGGUAGUCUUGGCCUGAAGUAAUUAGACUAUAUUGUAUUAAAAGAAACCAUCCUAAUUGUGUGUGCUUUACCAAAUUCGCCUUUUCCACUCCGAUUGAUAAUAUACGUCUUCUUUCAUUCUCCUCAAA